CUGGAUGAGAAGGGGGGCCCAGGGGAGGGGAAGUACUCCACUCCGUAUGAAUAAUAAAUUACAAACAAAAGGGUGAAUAAGUUUGUCUGGUUUGUGUAGUCUAAACUCUCAACUCACAACUCACAACUCUCAAGUCUCAAGUCUGGGUUUGAGAGAAAGAGGCUUUAUCAAUUCUUCUCUUCUCUUCUGCUACUGAGUGUUCAAGUACUUGAGCUGGAGUGUAGCUGUGUCCAAAUUGUAGUCUCAUUUGAUAAUUCCACAUUUUUACAUUUCCGUUUACCUCUCUGCUCCCGCAGUAGCACCCACUCACCACCAGCAGCAGCAGCAACGACGACGGCGGCUACCCCUUUCAUCCUUGUCUUGUAUCUGAACAAGGUCUAAACAAUGAACCAGAAUCCGGCAAUGGAGGUGUAUUAUACCAACAACACCGGCUCUGCUUCUGCCUCUGCCUCUGCCUCUGCCUCUGGCUAUCCUAAUCCCUAUCAACCUUCUGAUCAUUUUAUGGGCUUUUUUGAUCCACAUCCACAUCCACAUCCCAACCCCACUCUUAAUUAUGUUUACCCUCAUCUUCCAAUGCCUAACCACCAGGAAACUGCAUAUUGGUCAAUGAAUAUGAAUUACCGAUCCGAAUUCUCUGAUGCUGGAACUACUUCUUAUUAUGGCUAUGAUCUUAACGAUCCUUUACCAAGAACUGAAAUUAACCGGAGGACUUGGGAGUAUUCUCCUUCAAUGCACAUUCAAGACCCAACCAUGCUCAUGCAUUCCCAACAAAAUGUUGUUACAACUUCAGAUGCUGCUGAAGAAUGUCCUGUUGACGAUCAAGGCGAUGCUAGUCCAGAGGUAGCUUGGCAAGAUGACAUUGAUCCUGAUAGCAUGACUUACGAGGAAUUACUUGACCUAGGUGAGGCAGUUGGGACUCAAAGUCGAGGUCUUUCCCAAGAACUUAUCAAGUUGCUUCCAACCUCUAGAUAUAAGGCGGGUGGUUUUUUCUCAAGGAAAAAAGCCAGAGAAAGGUGCGUAAUAUGCCUGGUGACAUACAAAAUAGGGGACCAACAGAUGGCAUUGCCAUGCAAGCAUGUAUACCAUUCCAAAUGUGGGAGGAAGUGGCUCAGCAUAAAUAAGACAUGUCCAGUUUGCAAUAGCGAAGUGUUUGGGGAUGAACAAAGGGAUUGAAAACGUUAGUAGGCGAGCGUACAGAUACAAGUUUAGUUUUUGGGUUAUCGUCAUUUUUGUUCUUGGUUCCUGCUUAUUAGGUACAGGAGAGCUGAUUUUGAAUCUACGGCUAGUCAACCCCCCUCCCCCCCCCCCCCCCCCCCCCCCCCCUCUUCAUCUAACUGAUACAUGACCAGUUCUGUGUUGUGGUACUCUGAUUCGAAUAUUCUAAUAUAGAGAGAGAAAGGUUCUAAAAGUUGUCUACCCUUUUGAUUCCCAUUAAGGAGUAAUAGUUUUCUUGGCCAAUGGCUCAAUACUAUUACCUCAGUGCAUCAAAUAUCAGUGCAAAUGGCUGGGAUCCCCAUUCGACUGAUGCUAUGACAAUUGACAAUUUUAUUACUAUGUAGUUAAAAACAAUGAAGAAGUGUAAGGUAAUGUAAUGAAAAUGUUUUUUUCAGAAAA